AUGGCUUAUCUCCGUCAAGUGUCCAAGCCGUCGGGGCGGAGGCUUGUGUGUCUGCUGUUGUCUGCUUCACCCGCGUCGUCUCGCUCCUUCCACAGCGCAGGGGGAGGGAGCGCCCGGGGAGAAGAGGUGGGAUGGACCGCCGAAUGGGGCCUUGGCCAUUAUUGCUACAGUCGGCAGGCAGGAAAGGAUGAUGGCGUAGAUUUGAGCCAGUUCCCGACAGAGAGGAUCCGGAACUUCUCCAUAAUCGCGCACAUCGAUCACGGUAAGUCGACACUGGCGGACCGCCUCCUCGAGCUUACGGGUACAAUCAAGAAGGGACAUGGUCAACCCCAAUACCUCGACAAGUUGCAGGUCAGUAAGGAUAAAAUGAAUGCUCCAUCCAUUAGCACAAAGAGUAGUCGGUUUCAUUAGCUCUGACCGUAAAUUUUUUAAAUAGAAGUAAAUUAAGAUCGAAAAAAUUCGUAAAUUUCCCUGCGAAAAACAAAGAAUUUAUUUCGAGGGCCUGAUUUCGACAUACAAAUGUAGACAUCAAUGUGUUCUCACUUCGUAGCAAGUUCGCUUCCACUAGGGCAAGGCCAGGCUGGAAAUUGCACCAUAAUGCUUCUUCGAAACAUGUGGUGCCAUGUAGCUCGCUUGGGGGCUAUUAAAUGGUGAUUUCCAUCGCAUUUGGCAUGAUGCUUCUUCGAACGUUUAGAAAAAUCGACAAGGCAGGGAAGCUUAAGGUGCCAUUUCCUUGUUUAAUGCAAAUGAUUCAAGUCAUCAUCUGUUUUUUUUUUUUUUAUCUCCCUCAAAUUUUGAAGGUCACCACGCAGUUUAAUUUGACAGGAGCUGGACACCCCACAACAAUUCACUCUUACGAAUCCUAUCGCAGCCUUCCCCUGGAUCUGUAAAUGCCAUUUAAAAGUCCUUAUGUCUUCUCUCUAAGCUUCUUCAUCCGUCUGUACAAAAAGUUAGAGUUCUUGGUUUCAUUUGAACAAGGCAUAAACAUGAAUUGAACGUUCGUAAUUUUAGUCCAUGCGCAUACGUGACACCAUUACGUUGAUCCUUCAGCAGUUUGUGCAUUUUUUUACAUCUCUCAUACUCUUCUAGAUGAUUUGAGGACACUAGAUAUUUAUCCAUUUUUCAUUUUUUAUUUUCCUGAGGACACCAGGAGGUUGGUAAGUGAUCUGCAUGUUCCAAUCUUCUUGUUUUGUCCCCAAAAUUCUUGUUUCCUUUGCUAAGGCCCUCUUUUCAUGUAACACAGUUUCUUCGAUGGCGCCAUUCGUUUUCUACUUUUUACCUUGUUGUGCCGCACAAAUUCAUUAAGAAAAGCAUUAUUUAACAGUUUUUCAAGGUAUAAUCUAUGACAACUCCUGUGUCUGUUCAGCUUGCUCAUCCUUUUUUUUUUUGUGUUCCUGAUUUGUCCUUUAUUAUCACCUUGUUUGUCUAUUUCUUUAGCCGUGUUUACAAUGGAAAUCAUUGUGGUUCUCAUUUCUACUAUCCUUCAACUCUAGCUGCUGAUGUAAAUUAUAUGACAUUUUAUAUGGCUAUUAAAUAAUAAAUAUUUUCCUCAUGUAAGAUGACAAAGCUUCCUUUUUUCCCCCAUUUACAUCUAAAUACACAACAGGUCAAGCCAGUGGACGGAUAAAAGAGAGAAACAGCGUUAACACUUAUUUCGAAACGAUUCAAGUUGUCUGACUAUUUGUCACAAUCUUAACCCUUGAAUGCCAAAUAAAAAUCCUUCAGUGUAUUAUCGAUCAUAUCAUCUUUGAUUAUUGACAGAACAAAAAUUACUUCUGCAACCUGCGAUUUUCUUAAGGGAAAGAAACGGAUGCAACCGGACAUUUCGCUUAGUCAUUGAAUGACCUUCCCUCUUAUUUGAUUAUUCUCUGGAGCUGAGUUAAGAAACCAUAUUUCUGCUAGGAAAAAAUCACACAAUCGUCCUUGAUGACUUUACCUCAUCACAUAAUGGUGCACAUUUGCCUAAUCACAUAAUGGUACACAUUUGCCUCACUAAUAUUCUACAAUGUUUUCUAUGCUUAUUUUGUCCCCUAUGUUCUAAGACAAUUUUUUGGUUAUUAUCUCAGGUGGAAAGGGAAAGAGGUAUUACGGUUAAAGCACAGACUGCCACCAUGUUCUACAAGCAUAAACCUAGUGGUAUUAGUGCAGGCGAGACACAUAGGGUGAAUGAUUUUCUUCUUAAUCUGAUCGACACACCUGGCCAUGUAGAUUUCAGUUACGAAGUCUCUAGGUCCCUUGCAGCUUGUCAGGGUGCCCUUUUAGUUGUUGAUGCUGCUCAAGGUGUCCAGGCGCAGACAGUAGCUAACUUCUAUCUAGCUUUUGAGUUUAAUUUGACGAUAAUCCCUGUAAUAAAUAAAAUCGACCAACCAACUGCUGAUCCUGACCGUGUGAAAGCUCAGUUGAAGUCCUUAUUCGAUCUUGAUCCAAACGAUGCCCUACUUACGUCUGCCAAAACUGGUCAAGGCCUUGAACAUGUUCUUCCUGCUGUGAUUGAAAGAAUACCGUCUCCUCCAGGGAAAAGUGCUUCACCUUUACGGAUGCUUCUGUUGGAUUCAUAUUAUGAUGAAUAUAAAGGUGUGAUCUGUCAUGUUGCGGUUGUUGAUGGGAGUCUGCACAAGGGGGACAAGAUUGCAUCUGCUGCCACCGGCCAGGUUUAUGAGAUUUUUGAUGUUGGAAUCAUGCAUCCUGAACUCACCCCUACUGGAGUGCUUUUCAGUGGACAGGUUGGCUAUGUUGUUAGUGGCAUGAGAUCAACAAAAGAGGCACGCGUUGGAGAUACUUUACAUCAUGCCCGAAGUUCUGUAGAGCCUCUUCCAGGUACAUUUUUCUAAUUUAACAUUUCUGCAAUAGACCACACCUCAUGAAGUGCAAUCUCCUGCUACUGCUUCGGAUGUUUCGUAACACCAGGGAGGCUUUGGUCACUUUUAUGGGCAGAACGUUGCCUUUCAUGUGUUCUCAGAUGUAGUUUUUCUUUCAGGUUUCAAACCAGCAAAGCACAUGGUUUUUUCGGGCCUUUAUCCUGCGGAUGGAUCCGACUUUGAUGCUCUUAAUGCUGCAAUAGAGAAACUUACAUGCAAUGAUGCUAGUGUAUCUGUUACCAAAGAGACCAGUACGGCACUGGGCAUUGGUUUUAGGUACACGUCAAUUCAAAGAGACAAUUGUGUCAUUGAUAAACCUGCAAGAUAUCUUUUCAUUUCUUUUUAAUUAAGUUGGAAACAAACAACCUUUUGCAUUUUUCAUGUUUUGGCCUAGGAACGGUCUCUAAGAGGUCUAUGUGAUAUGCAGGUGUGGAUUUUUAGGUUUAUUGCACAUGGAUGUAUUCCAUCAGCGGCUUGAACAAGUACUCUUUCAUUCUUUUGCCUUUUUUUAUUAGGAUUUUUAUAUUUUAGGACUAAUCAAUUAUAAGCCUAUUCCAUUGCCAUUAUCGUCACCAUCAUCCUCUUCCUCUUCUUUUCUUUCUCCUAUCAAUGUUUCCUGGACUCCUGAUUCAAAGGAAUCUAAUAUGAACUUUUGGGCUUAGGGGAUUUCAUUUGAUCAAUUUUAGCGGCAUGCUUACUUUCGUUUAUAUAUCUAAUUAAUCAUUGAAGAGAAGCUUAAGUAUUUACCAUUUGAACUUCGUAUAACUGAUGUAUCAUAUAGGUGUAUGGCCAAAUUCAUUAUUUUCCCAAUGUACUGAGAAUUAGACGAGAUCAUGAAUUCCCAUGGAUCUUGAAGUUAAGGUAAGAGUAUCGGGAGCUUCAAAAUCUGGGUUUUCUAAUGGAUUCUUUUGAAGUGAACUUCCUCAAUGUAUGAAGUAUCUCAUAUUUUUAUAAAUACGAGACUACAUAAGCCUUGGAGCUCAGAGCCAGUUGAGGGCCGUAGUAACGGAAAAGGCUUAGUUUUCUGAUGGGUUUCGUUAGGGAUGCGCUGUUUAUGGGCUUCCUUCAUUCGGCAUGUUGCAUUUAGAAAACGCAAUAGGUAUUAAGUUCUUACAUCUGCGGAGAUGGAACAUUCUGAAUUGAGUGCAGUCAACAUAAGAUGAAUGGACUAACUUUGAGGGCAGAACUGUGAGUAAUGAAUCCUGAUGGGAUAAAUAGGGUUUUUCCUUUCGUUGAACAACGCGUCAAAGACACGCCCAGAGAUUUUUUAUGGGCAGCUUUUCAUGGGUGAUUGGUGGGUUUUCCGUGGAAGAUUCUUCUUCUGCCUUCAACCAUAUUAUGCAUAUAUUUUCGAACAAAUGCUUGUUUUUUAAAAAUAUGCUCGAAAUUCUUCAGAAGAUUAAUCUUCCUAUUUUGUUUUGUGUUUCAUUAAUCGGGAAAGGGAUGUGUUCUUUUGGGUACUUUAGCGACUAAAAUCUGACUACUGUUAUUCCGUCUGCAUCAACCAACCCUGUAGGAGUAUGGAGCUCAUGUUAUAUCCACCGUUCCAACAGUGCCAUAUAUAUUUGAAUAUUCCGACGGAAGGUGCAGCAUUAUUGUAUUUCCAUUCAUUUAUUGUUUACUAGAAACUCUGCAUCAACCGACGUACUGUAUUGCUUGCAUAGUAAGGUCAACGUCCAGAACCCUGCUUCCUUGUCCUCAAAUCCUGGCAAGCGUGUAGUUGCGUGCUGGGAACCAUCUGUGAUUGCUACGAUCAUCAUUCCUAGUGAGUAAGCUCUAAUUUGAAACCCUCUUCUCAUCAAUCUUUUCUCGCCCUCUUUGUCUAGUAAAAGAUAUGUGGAAAACUUAUAGAACCCACAUAGCAUAUGGGGGGUCUCAUCUCUUUCAUAUGUUCUGUAUCCUGUGGCAGAUACGUUGGAGCCGUGAUCACACUCUGCUCAGAGAGAAGAGGAGAGCAGCUAGAAUACUCAUUUAUUGACAGGUGAUUGUCUCUUUCUGCUGAAUUAUCCGUGUCCUGUCUAUUGAAGAACUCUAACAUAAAGUGAGGAACUCGAAUAUGCAGUCAACGGGUGCUCAUGAAGUACCGUUUGCCUCUGAGGGAAAUUGUCGUAGACUUCUACGAUCAGCUGAAGAGCAUAACAUCUGGGUAUGCUUCGUUUGACUAUGAAGACGAAGAGUAAGCUCUGCUUCACACCGAAGGAAUUUUUUGUUGCAGCCCCCUAUCUUAGAAAAAAUGUCAUCCUCUUGAGAUGAUGGUAACCACAUGAACUCGAUAAUUUUUCUAUUAAUGGUCGCCGUUGUAGGUACCAGGCAUCCGAUCUAGUGAAGCUCGACGUUCUCCUCAACGGGCAGCCGGUUGAUGCCAUGGCCACGAUUGUUCACAGCCUGAAAGCGCAGAGGAUUGGUCGCGAACUGGUUGAAAAAUUGAGGAAAGUUAUCGACAGGUGCGGUGCUCUUCAGACGACAAAAAAGUAUCGUCAGUUUUUAAAAUCUGCUCGUUUUCCCUACGCGUGGGUUGGCUCACGCGGUUCUUGGCAGGCAAAUGUUCGAGAUAACAAUACAGGCUGCAAUCGGCUCCAAGGUCGUCGCCAGGGAAACGUGAGAUGCCGCCCUCUGCUUGGCGUUUCGUCGAACAGCCAUUUUUAUGCUCUCAGCCUGUUCAUCCGCUUCUGCUUGGUCCAUACGACCUACCCGAGAGGGAAAGCCUCCAUGUCUUCUUCCUCCGCGGCUGCUGAACACGAACCUUGUGUCUGUCCUGCAGGCUUUCGGCGAUGAGGAAGAACGUCCUGGCGAAAUGUUAUGGAGGGGACAUAACCAGGAAGAAGAAGCUGCUGGAGAAGCAGAAGGAAGGGAAGAAGCGGAUGAAGCGCGUUGGGUCGGUGGACAUUCCCCAAGAAGCCUUCCACGAGUUGCUGAAGGUGUCUUGA